AGUAAUGCUGUCCGUGUUUCGAGCUCAUAAGACAGUUCCAGCUGUGGUGUUUGCACUCUUGUGGGAGGCAUCAUGGAGAGAACUGUGGUGCAAAUCGCUCUCUUUGGGCUGCUGCUGGCUUUGGCCUUUACACUGCCAAACAAGGAUGACUGGGACAUCUACAGCUUUCACAUCAACUCCACAGUGACCAGUCGUUAUGCCACCACUGUCAUCACAAGCCGUGUGGCCAAUCGUAUGGACGAGUCAAAGGAAAUUGAAUUUCAUGUUCGGAUCCCCAAGAAUGCCUUCAUCAGUAAAUUUCGAAUGUUUAUCGAUGGCCAGGUUUAUGAUGGUGUUGUGAAAGCUAAGGAGCAAGCUCAGCAGCAGUACUCUGAAGCUGUGUCCCGUGGUGAAAGUGCUGGACUUGUCAGUUCUGUAGGGAGGACACUGGAGGAAUUUAAGACCUCUGUAACUGUGGCUGCUCACAAAAAGGUCACUUUUGAACUCACAUAUGAGGAACUGAUGAAACGCACUCAUGGCAAGUACGAGCUGCAAAUUCAUGCUCGACCCAUGCAGCCUGUCAGAGACUUCAAGGUGGAUGUGUACAUUCACGAGGAAGCUGGCAUCAGUUUCAUCGAUGUGAAAGGAGGCCUAAGCACCAAAGCCCUCGCUAAUGCCAUCACCAAAACACAUGCAGAUAAACAGGCGUGGGUAUAUUUCUAUCCAACAGUCGACCAACAGAAAAUGUGUGACAGCUGUGGAGAUCAGGGUAUGAAUGGAGAUCUGGUUAUUGUUUAUGAUGUUAACAGGGAUAAUGGACUGGGACACAUCAAGAAAUCUGACAGGUACUUUGUUCAUCAUUUUGCACCAUCUGAUCUUCCUCGGAUACCAAAAAAUGUCGUCUUUGUUAUUGAUCAAAGUGGCUCAAUGCAUGGCAGAAAAAUUGAGCAGACUAGGAUUGCAUUAGUCCACAUUCUGAAUGAUCUGGCAGAAGAUGAUUACUUUGGUCUGAUCACUUUUGAUGACAGGAUUUCUUACUGGAAGCGGGAACUCGUUCAGGCCAACAGCAAAAACCUGGAAAGUGCGAAAAACUUUGCACGCAAUAUUCAAGAGAGAGGAUCCACAGACAUAAAUGAAGCAGUGCUGCAAGGAGCACGUAUGCUGAAUGCACAUAACAGAGAAGGUUCAGCAUCUAUCCUUAUACUUCUCACAGAUGGAGACCCAACCUCAGGGGUGACAAAUCUGGAGAAAAUCCAGUCAAAUGCAAAACAGGCAAUUGCAGGCAAAUUCCCACUGUACUGUCUCGGUUUUGGUUUUGAUGUUAAUCUAAAUUUCCUCGAGAAAAUGUCGUUGCAAAAUAAUGGUGUGGCACGACGGAUUUAUGAAGACUCUGAUGCUGAUUUACAGCUGAAGGGUUUCUAUGAAGAGGUGGCCACACCUCUACUGACAGAUGUGACAAUGAUCUAUGUGGGUGGGAUCAAUCUAACCCAGACUAACUUCAGUCAGUAUUAUAAUGGUUCUGAGAUUGUGGUGGCCGGACAGAUCACAGAUAAUAACAUUGAAACCUUCACCCCUCAAGUUGUGGCCAUUUCAAGUAAUAGAAGAAUAAUAUUCUCAAAUCCAAAUGAAACUGUGGAAUCCACUGGAACAGUAUCUGAUGACCAUAUCCAGAGGGUUUGGGCGUACCUCACAGUUAAACAGCUUCUAGACAAAGAACUUCAGUUAUCUGGACCCGAGAAAGAGAAAGUGAAGAAGGAGGCUUUGGAGCUGUCACUGAAGUACAGUUUUGUGACCCCUCUCACAUCCAUGGUGGUCACAAAACCCCUGGGAGAGACCACUGAUCUGCUUCAUAAGCCAAAGGAAGGCGAAACAUCACAAACAAGGCCGCUCUCUAGAGGCCAUCCCAUUUUAAGACAACCUACUGGUGCUAGUGGAAGGGGUCGUGGUAUUUUUCCUGGUCUGCAGUACAGAAAAAACGUUCGUUAUGGAAGUUUCCCCCCUGACUUGUCUGUAUCCAGGUACAGUGACUUGUUCGAUUUAGAAGCAGAUUAUGAGGAUACUGUAUUCUUCCUACCUACAGCAUCUGUUCCUGUGAAAACAACUGAUGCUCCUCUUCUCCACAGGUUUUUGUUGAAAGCUGAGAAACAAACUAUUCCAGUGUGCUUUGAUGUGAGAGGAGCUGUCCUCCUUAAACUUCUUCAUCAUCCCAGUGGAGAGCUUUUCGUGAAUGGUGAGCUUGAUUCAGUUACAAACGGAGGCUUCAACAGAAUUGUAAUACAUUUCAAAAGUGACCAGCAUAUUGAGAUUGACACCAAAGAGGUCGCUGUACGAGAUGGACAGACAGUGACACAUCACACUGGGCAGAAUAUUACCACCGCAGGAAGUGUAACAGUGAUUGUGCGCAACAAGGAAAUAGACAUUGGAGCUGGAGAUAUGCGCCUGGUCAUCUUAGUUCAUGAGGAAAAUGGUCAGAAAUUCCUUUGGCCAGUUUUAAGACAGCAUCCCUCGGCCAACAACACGCAAGGACUUUUAGUUCUAGAGCCAGUAGUUUACGAGGAAGGACAUCAAGUUCCUGUCACAAAGCUAACAAUUAAAAACCAGGAGAUAGAUGUUACAAGUGACAGCAUUGUUGACUAUAGCUUUGUCUCUCCUCUCACAAUGACCUGCUGGCUUAUGUCUGCUGAAUCUGCCCUGCAGAGACCACUGACCGAUUUUUAUGUUGCACAACUUUGAUUUGUAUGAUGGAAAAUAUAAUUUCAUGCAUUCUAUUAGUUUUACCAAUAAUUAAAAAGUCAAAUUGUCUUCAUGUAUCUUUAUCAGAACACUGUGGCUUAUCACAAAUGAAAAGAUUGUUGUGGUAACAAAGUCCUGGUAAAUACACAGGUUUGACCUGCAAUGUCAACAUUAAAGCUCACAAAACUGCAGGAAAAA